UGAAGUGAGCUGGUGGCACCUACCCCCUUCCUUUCUCUCCUUUUAUCUGAUUCCAAACAAAACACAUCACCCACCUUGUUCGCUUAUUUCUCUUUGUUCUUGUUGUUCUUGUUGUUGUUGGUCUGAGCUUUUGUUAGUUCCAACUUCAAUGGCUUCUUCGUCUCUCUCAUCCAAACCAUUUCUGGGUUCUGCUUCAAGGACCGAUUCCCUUUCUGGGUUCUGCUCCGAUCUCCGACACCUCUCCUCCGUUCAGUUCUCCGUCCGCCCUCGAACGGCUAAUAAGCUCCAGGUGCAAGCAGCUGGGAGUACUUUCGGGAACUACUUUCGUGUUACAACUUAUGGAGAGUCUCAUGGUGGUGGUGUUGGUUGUGUAAUUGAUGGAGUGCCUCCUCGGAGACCCUUGUCUGAAGCUGAUUUGCAAGCGGACCUCGACAGAAGGAGGCCAGGUCAGAGCCGAAUUACUACACCUAGGAAGGAAACCGACACAUGUAAAAUACUUUCAGGAGUCCAUGAAGGAUUAACUACGGGGACUCCAAUUCAUGUGUUCGUCCCGAAUACUGAUCAGAGAGGACGUGACUAUGAUGAAAUGUCGAUAGCUUAUAGGCCUUCGCAUGCAGAUCUCACAUAUGACAUGAAGUACGGUAUCAGAUCAGUGCAGGGUGGUGGUAGGUCUUCAGCUAGAGAAACAAUAGGAAGAGUUGCUGCAGGAGCAGUUGCCAAGAAAAUCCUUAAGGACUUCUCAGGAACUGAGGUUUUUGCCUAUGUUUCACAAGUUCACAAGGUUGUACUCCCAGAGGACUCGGUUGAUCAUUACACUCUGGCACUUGAUCAGAUAGAGAGUAAUAUAGUUAGGUGUCCAGAUCCUGAAUAUGCAGAGAAGAUGAUUGCUGCCAUUGAUGCUGUUAGAGUGAGAGGGGAAUCAAUUGGUGGUGUUGUCACGUGCAUAGUUAGAAAUUGCCCACGGGGUCUUGGUUCGCCUGUGUUUGACAAACUUGAAGCUGAACUUGCUAAAGCUUGCAUGUCAUUACCUGCAACAAAAGGAUUUGAAUUUGGAAGCGGGUUUGCAGGUACCUUUUUAACUGGGAGUGAACAUAAUGAUGAGUUCUAUGUGGAUGAACAAGGACGAGUGAGGACAAGAACAAACCGCUCUGGUGGGACACAGGGAGGAAUAUCUAAUGGGGAAAUCAUAAACAUGAGAAUAGCUUUCAAGCCAACAGCUACAAUUUCAAGGAAGCAAAAUACAGUGACUAGAGAUAAGAAGGAGACUGAACUAAUAGCCCGUGGUCGCCAUGAUCCUUGUGUUGUCCCGCGAGCGGUUCCAAUGGUUGAGGCUGGAGUAGCGCUAGUGCUCAUGGAUCAGUUAAUGGCUCAAUAUGCCCAGUGUCAUCUCUUUCCACACAAUCCAGAUGUACAAGAACCUCUCUCUGAAGUGAACUCCCUUCCAACAAUGUCUUUGUCAUAGUUUCGUUUUCAAUCUCUUGGAUUUUGAGGUUAUGAAACACGGUAUACCAUUUUCUUUUGGUAAUAAGGCAUGUGCAUGUUCAGA